ACCUAAUGCCUGAUCACGGCGCGCGCGGGAACGGUAGAGAGGGUGACCGCUGCAUAAUUCCUCAACAAGUAAUAGUAGAACCGCACACAUACGCACACAAAAAAGAAAAACAAAACUUUCUUUGUUUUUUUUUCUUCCGGCUUUUCCGUCUUUUCCCCAAUAAAUCAAUAUUCUACUUUUUAUUUUUGUUCUUCCUCUCCAAAAGAGGGAACUGUUUCUUUAUUUUUUCACUGACGCGUGAACACCCAACCCCUUCAACCGUUUCCCCGAGCUUUCUUCAAUAAAUGUUCCAAGUGAGUUUUUCUUUUGUGCGAGGAGAAGAACAGUACUAUUCCUUUGAAAUAUUCAAGAACAAACCAGUGUACGUCGAAGCACUCGCUGCUUCGGAGGAAACUUCUUGUGGAUGUCUGUUAUUUGAGUAGGUUUCUUUUUUCCAACGUCCUCGUUCGCCUGGAUAUAGUCACCAUAGUAUGCAUCUCCCCCGCCUCACCCCAAGCACAUCAGAGAUCUGAUUGUACGUGCUGAUUUUGCUUGACGAAGACAUCUUUGGAGUGUGCUCCCAUUGGGACCUCGUCUGUGAUUCCCCGGAACGCCUCUCUAUUGAUUUUCUGAAGUGUUGUCAAUAUUUACACGAUUAUUGUCUCAAAAUAUAGUUCAAAUUAUUCUUCCACUUUCAUGUGGAGUGGAAGUUGUACAUGCUGACACAGCGCAUAAGUGAAGACUACUCUAUUCUAGUUUUUUGUCGGAAAAAGGUGUUAUAAUGCAGUAAUGAUGCUAAUGGGUUAAUACUUUGUGGAUGCUGUAAAGGGAUUUUUUUUCCUUUUUGUGCUUUGUGUUUCGGAGUUGUGAACAACAAUAUAUCCGGUUUUGGAGAAAAGUUCACAAAAGGGCCGAACUAAUUGUUUUCAGUCAAACCCCGGAAGCUUUCUCAAGGAGCUAGAAGCUGGUAAAUGUGCGUGUUUGGCCGUACCUUUCUUUGGUAAAUCAUAGAAGAUAAAUGAUGCCACUGUGAUCUCCCAGUUGAGUGCAAAACGUAUCACAAUGAAAUGAGUUAUGUUUAUAAUUUCAUAAUAAUUUUCAGCAUUAAAUCUUUGUUGACACCUUCUCUGUAAGUACACUUAAGAACAGUUCACAAGGUAUUUUUCACCGUCAUAGCUAUUUUGUUAAGGGCCUAUUUUAACAUAGCGGCCUCUUUGGUGUAGCAGUUAGAGUUUUCAGUAAGUUCGUUUCCUUUACUGGGAGAGUUUUUAAAUCGAGUAUCUUCGUCUAUUUCCUGGGAUGUGUAUCCUGCUCAGUCAAGGUUGACUCGGACAGGCACGGUCGAAGUAGCCUGCCUUCUAAUUGAUAUUUUGCCAAUGGGAGUUUAAAACAUCUACGAUUAUCUAAACAGGAUCAGAUAUUACAUCAGGAACUACCAUCAACACUUACUGUGUGUGCGAUUUUCAAAACUUGGAAUUUAUCUAAUAUUCCUGAUAGGAGUUGUCUCUCUAAACAAUGCAAACAACAUUUUGUCCCUACUUAUGUGAGUCACCGGAAAGUACUUCGGCGCUGCAAAGGCAGUGAAUUGUGUUGCUGUAAUUCAUUCGGGAUAAUAAUUCUUUAACACCCCCGAAGAUCUAUAACUUCUUCCAGUAUGCCGUCGAACAAGAAUUACCUACAAAUCAACGACAGCAUUUGCUGCAGGUUCAACCUCAGCGUCCGGAGUACGCCUCAGUCGGCUCUUGGACUAUCGUUGGAUGGUCACGGUGUCGUCAACAGCAACAGCGACAGCAGCAACAGCGCUGCUGAUAGUAGUGGUGGAACGAGCAAGUACGCUACCAAUCCAGCUGUCAGUGUCGGCAGCAGCAGCGGCAAUGGCGUCGGUGGUGGUUACUAUGGUUACGGGGGUGCCGACGCCCUGUACCUCCACGACAACAAUUACUACUACCACCACAUCUACCAGGAUGACGUCUACUACAUGGGCGCCAACGUCACCUGGGCGGAUGUGCGUCAGAUCACCGCCAACUUCACCGAUGACGUCACUGUGUACUGUGAUGUCAACAACACGCCCCAGGCGCACAACCUGAGUGACGUCAACUUCUCGAUCGUGUCAGAAGUGGAGUAUUUGGGCUGGUUUCUUGGAGACCGUUACAUCAGCACAGCGGCUGUGGUGGUCCUGAGUAUUCUCUACACUCUCAUCUUUCUCAGUGGCGUCCUUGGCAACGUGUGUACAUGUGUUGUCAUCGCCAGGAAUAGAUUUUUGCACACGGCAACCAACUAUUAUCUCUUCAGUCUGGCUAUCUCGGAUGUGAUGACGUUGAUAUUAGCUCUCCCCCAGGAGAUGUCAACCAUCUGGGAGGCGUACCCGUUCAUCUUCGGCACCGGCUUCUGUAUCAUAAAGUCCUUCGUGUCCGAGAUGACCGCCUACGCCUCCGUGCUGACCAUCACAGCUUUCACCAUUGACCGCUACGUCGCCAUCUGCCACCCCCUCAGAUCCCAGGCCCUGAGCAGCCUCUCUCGAGCGGUCAAGAUCAUUAUUUUAAUCUGGGUCAUCGCCUGUGUGUGCGCGUUACCCUACCCCAUCCACACCCGGAUGUUCCACGAGGUCUUUGACCCCUGCACUGGGGAACCGCUUCCGGAUUCGUACCUCUGUAAUAUACCGGCACAGUGGAGACACCGGAUGAAGUAUAUGUUCCAGUUCUCUACUUUCGCUUUCUUUGUGGUGCCUCUAUUCAUCAUCACGAUUAUGUACAUCUUUAUAGGGCUGGCCCUUAUGAAGACGGAUCAGUUUGCUAGUGGCAAGAAAAACAAACAGGCGGCAAUAGCGGCGGCAAAGGCUAAAAAAGCUGUGCUCAAGAUGUUGGUGGCUGUGGUGAUCGCUUUCUUCCUGUGCUGGGCUCCCUUCCAUACACAGCGUCUGAUGACCAUCUACGUCCCCGCGGACGCCUGGACGGACAACCUGUUACAGCUACAGACCUAUAUCUUUUAUAUCUCAGGAGUGCUUUACUUCUUCAGCUCCACCGUGAAUCCGAUCCUUUACAACGUCAUGUCAAAGCGAUACCGCAAGGCAUUCAGGCGGACGCUGUAUCGGUGCAUCAACGGGAAGAGUUAUGAGUACAGUGAGACGAGCAUAUUCCGAUCCACACCACACAGCACUUCUGUAACGGUUUACACCAACCACAGGCUUCUAGUCAAGGACAGAACUGUAUCUCGGAGUCCCGAUCCUGAUGUCAACAGUUCAACAACUGUCUGAUAAAUGCAGUGGACACUCAUGACAAGAGACUACAUUACCCUGUUGAAUCUGCAACUGUGAGCAGUUUCUGAUGGUGACGUGACGUCACUAUUUUGAAUGAUGUCGUUUGUAUUUCCGGAAAUGACGAACGUCGUCGUACUGAUUGCUGAGCUGCAGGACCGUACCUUGCCACAUGCGCUUGUCUCAACUGUCGUGUGUUCAGUAAGAAUUCCUGAAAAAUCGAAGAAAAGAAAGGAAAGUGGAAGUGAUCUCACAACUGCGCGUGCUGAGAAGCUGAUAGAUGUGGAACUAAAUAAAUGCUCAAUUACAUUAUACGUACUUGUUUCGAAAGCCAAGAGAUUCCCCAGGAGGUGCAGAGAAAAGAAGGCCGAAUACCUUUGUGAUUCGAACUUCAAACAUUUGUUUAGCUGAUAGCGUUUGCCACGUACCAGACUGGGCAGAGGACAAUUUGAUCGCAAUAGUAUUUUGGCAAAGCCAAGGUCUAAUGGCUGGAACUGGAACAGGACUUUCAGCCCAGCCUGAGCGAAGACCCAUUGAACAGUACUUCAGUACCACUUUUUCAGUACUAAAAAUAAGUACUCUCUGUGCUUUAAUUCAUCUGUCGUUGGACAGACUAAACAUUGUUGUCAAUUGACAAGGCAGAAUGCACUUUUUAGACAUUCAUUAAACUUACCACUUCAAAGAGUAAAUGAUAUUGGGAGGGGCAAAUUUCGGAGAUUGCAUCCACCCCAUAUUAUCAAUUAACCUUUUUGGGUGUUUUUUUACUGUUUCGCAAUGGCACACAUUGUUAGAUCGUUCAGAUAGAUCUAAAAAAAAAAACCCCAGAUAAAGAUGAAUAAGCUCUGUGUCUGUCUCUCCCAAAAUAAAUGCGGUAGAGAAAUGGAAGAAGAGACAUUAAUAAUAUUUGAUAAAUAUGAGCCCAAAAUGUGAUGCUGACAUUUGUCUUGUCAGAUUUAGUGGGAUAAAUCUAAGAUCAAGAACUCAAAUCUCAUUUACUCACUGCUUCCUAAGUUUUAAAGCAGUAAGACAUACUAUUAUUGCCAUACCUAUAUGCGUGUUCACCAGGCUUUUGAUUAAUCCAUACUCACAAUACAAUCUCAGGAUACAAGGAAAAUGACCUUGCUCUCCUUUCGUAAAAAGCACGAAUUUAGUCCGGACAAAGUGUAAGUUCAUGAACAUACUUGGCGCUACAAAGAAAAAAAAACCUCUUCUGCUAACGGCAUAAAAGAGUGGAUGAUGGAUCCUGGAACACCUGUCCUUGUGCACUGCUUUAGCGAGCCUUGAAAUACUCUCCAAAAGGACGCCAUACUCAUUAGCAUGUUGGAGGAUUGGUUCCAAAAUUCUAGAGACUUUGCUGAAUAGUUCUUAGUUUUAAAGGCUUAACUUUGAAGUUCCACUUCUAAAUUUUUAUAACACCCUUAAUCAUAGAUGAUGUGCAAUCCUUUUCGUUCCAUACCAAGAGGUGAGCUAAAAGCUAACUCCCAAAACAGAUCUUCACUUUGAUUUUGCCGAAUAAUAGUGCUAAAAUGCCUUUCAACAUAAUUUCUAGUACUGUAAUUUGAUGCAUAAUGAUCAACGUUUUGUUUUUGUUCUGUUUCUUAGACACGUAGUCUGGUGCUUGAAUGCCAAUUGCUUGAUAAUGUUUUCUAUACAUUAUAAUAAUAUGUUUACAUGGUUAAGGUGUAUCCCAUUUGACAUGAGAAGGAUCUCUCUCCUACGAAUAAAUACUUACGCUCCUCUACGCUUCUCACGUAGUUAUCACAAUAUGAAUGGCAUCGUAGUGAAAUCAGGCGCUUGUCAGAUUAAUGAAAUCGAA